AUGACUGAAAUAGAGCUAGUUCUCAGUGCUUCGUUCAUCUUCAACCGGUUUCGCGAAUUACCACCAUGGGGGUUCAUUCGCUAUAUCAGGGAGCUAUUUGAUGAGCAAACGUUGGUGGCGCCUGAGCUUAUGCCAUCCAUUGGGAAAAUUGAACUUUUUGGAAUCAUCAAGGAAUCCCUCUAUUUUCAACAAGGAGCUGAGGCGGAUAAUCUUGAGCAGGCAUGUGUGAAGAUGGCAGAUAUGUUACGCAAAAUGGAGAUACAGCUGUUUGCAGCUGUAAAUCAUUCACUCCGUGGGAGUUUUUCUGAUCGUAAAAUGUGUUCCUGCGAAUUGAGUAUUGUAACGGGUAUGGGUUUCGUGUCGAUAUUCAGGAAUUCGCCUAGAGAAUUCUCGUGGGUCAUUGCAGCUCGAGAUUGA